UGGGUUCGAAUCUAGCCCGGGCCUGCCAAAUAACAAUGACACUACAACCGAAAAAUACCCGGGCGUUGUGGCGGGCGCCUGUAGUCCCAGCUACUUGAGAGGCACAAGAAUCGCUUAAGUCCAGGAGUUGGAGGUUGCUGUGAGCUGUGAUGCCACAGCACGAUACUCAGGACGACAGCUUGGGGCUCUGUCUCAAAAAACUGUUUCUUCACCCCUCCUGCCCCAACCCUAAAGGUUUCCUGCGCGCUCGGGCACUGGCUCGGAAACCUAUUAUUUUCUUGCGCGACAAGCAGCGGCGGGUCCAGCUACCCUAAGCUAAGCAAAGACUGGAAAGCACAGAAACGCAUCUCCUUGUGGCGCGUAGAGAAGUCCCGGAAGUGUGGGGGACCGGAGUCGGUGACGCCUUCCGGCCAGGGACAUUACUUUCUGUCGCAGCAUUAAAGCGUAUAGCUGUGGAAAAGGGGAGUUCGGAGCGAGGGGCCCGGCGCAUCGAGGCCGGGUGGUUGAGCAGCGAACAGCGCCCCAGCUUUGGGGAAAGUGGAUGAGGGCCUUAGGUUUGCUCUUUUUUAUUCUAAAAGCGAGCGUCCGAGAAGGUGGGCAAAUGCUGGAGAAACAUGCGUUCGACUCUAACCGCCCAGAGGCGCGGUAGUGACGCCGAGGCAGCAGCCUGGGUAAUGGCUGGAAGGUCCAGGGACGCCGGGUCGCCCCUGUGUGACGGACUUUUGACAGUGAAAGUGGAGGAAGACUCACCCGGAGGUGGAGAGUCUGACCGGCCCGUGGCCUGGGAGGGCCCUGAAGCUUCUCGACGGCGUUUUAGGCAGUUGCGUUACCAAGAGGUGGCUGGACCAGAAGAGGCGCUGAGCCGGCUUCGAGAACUUUGUGGUCAGUGGCUGAGACCUGAGGUGCACUCGAAGGAGCAGAUUCUGGAGCUACUGGUGCUGGAGCAGUUCCUGACCAUCCUGCCCGAGGAGCUGCAGUCUUGGGUGCGGGAGCACUGCCCGGAAAGCGGGGAGGAGGCUAUAACCGUCGUGCGGGCUCUUCAGAGAGCGCUUGAUGGGACCUCGCCCCAGGGGAUGGUGAAGUUUGAGGACAUGGCUGUGGCUCUAACCUGGAAGGAGUGGGAGCACCUCGACUCAGCUCAGAAAGACUUCUGCAAGGAGAGCACACAGAAGGAAUACGGGAGCACAGUUCGGCCCAGUUUGGAGAGCACAUUUGAGAACAAACAGUUGAUUCUAAAGCAACAAAUAUCAGAAGAAACAGAGCCACAGGAGUGGCAACAAGAAGUGUGCCAGGGGAAGCCCUCCCUAUUUUCUGAACAUGGUAACACCUGUGAGGACAGGGUAGCAAAGCAGUCAAGAAGCCUCUCAACAAUGAAACUUGAAAAUUCUCCUGAAAGGCAAGGACUCACCUGCCUCUCAGAUCUCAACAAGAAUGGUUCCACAGCAGGGAGAGACUCUAAAAAUAAUGAAUUUGGGAACAAUGCCAGAUAUUCCAACUUUGUUUUUUCUCAGCACAUCCAGAAAGCAGAGAGGCCUAUUGAUGGUGAUGUGCUUCGGAACAAAUGCAAACAGAGUUUAGAUAUGGUGACACAUCAUGUGGUGAAACCUCACAAGUCUACUGACAGUAGAGAAAAUGUACAUCAUUCUAGGCUGUCUGAGACCCCAAGGUGCUUCCGAGAAGAGAGACCUUAUAAAUGUGACAACUGUGAGAAGAGUUUCAAACAACGUUCUGACCUCUUUAAACACCAGAGAAUCCACACAGGUGAGAAACCCUAUGAAUGCCAAGAAUGUGGAAAAAGGUUCAGUCAGAGUGCCGCCCUUAUUAAACACCAGAGGACACACACAGGUGAAAAACCUUAUACCUGUUUAAAAUGUGGGGAACGUUUUAGACAGAGUUCACAUCUAAAUCGGCAUCAAAGAACUCACAAUGGAGAGAAAUACUACAAAUGUGAGGAAUGUGGGGAAACUUGCCAUAUUUCCAACCUUUUUAGACAUCAGAGACUACAUAAAGGGGAGAGACCCUAUAAGUGUGAAGAAUGUGAAAAGAGCUUCAAGCAGCGCUCGGACCUCUUUAAACAUCAGCGAAUCCACACUGGGGAGAAGCCUUAUGGAUGUUCUGUCUGUGGGAAAAGCUUCAGUCAGAGUGCAACCCUCAUCAAGCACCAGAGAACUCACACUGGAGAAAAACCUUAUAAAUGCCUUGAAUGUGGGGAAAGAUUUAGACAAAGUACACACCUUAUCCGACACCAAAGAAUCCAUCAAAAUAAAGUCUCAUCAUUUUGA